GCACAGGUUUGAGUGGCACCUGAGUGCAUCUGUUGUGCGUCUGAAAUAGGGCACUCCGAUUGUCCUUGGAAAGGAAUGAUGGGGAGAGUCUGGGGUUAAGGAGAGGGGGCAGACUUGUUGAAGAAGAAAAUGGACUCCAUUCCAUCUGUCUGAACAUCUCGGCUAGACAGUGGGGUUUGGACACAUAUUCAGGAUAAAGCUUUAAAAGAGCCCAAGCAGCCUGAAAGUUCACUUCACUUCCCCUCUUGACUGUUGGGACACAAGUUGGUCUCUGUGUGUGUGUGUCUCCGCUGGUCUUUCUUACUUGACUUCUUGACUGUCUCAGAGGCAGGCUUAACAUCAUGUCUGACACAGAGGAUAUUGUGGAGGAAGAAGUAGAGGAGGCACCUGAGGUGGAAGAGGAGCCUGAAGAAGAGCAGCAGGAGGAGGAUAAGGAAGAUGAGGAGGACGAGAUGGAGGAGAGGGAACAUGGUGAGGGGAGCGAGGGGGAGACCAAGCCAUGGACCAAGUACAUUACCAACAUCGCUCCUCCCAAGCUGCCCGACGGCGAGAAGUUAGACUUUGAUGACCUCCACCGCAAGAGGCUGGAGAAGGACUUCAAUGACCUGCAGAGCCUGAUCGAGAUGCACUUCUCCAGCUGCCAGAAAGAGGAGGAGGAGUUAGUGGCCCUCCGCAGCCGCAUCGAGCGCCGCCGUGCCGAGCAGCAGCGCGUGCGCGCCGAGCAGAACAAUGAGCGCCAGGCCCGUCUUGCUGAGGAGCGGACCCGCCGGGAAGAGGAGGCCUUGACAUGAUCAGAUUACCCUAGCUGUCUUUGGGCCGUUUUAGGUACAUCCACCUGCUUCUGCUUUAUCAUAUUUCCUGAGGAUUGGGUAUAGACCUGCUUGUUUUUUUGUUUGCGGGUUUCUACAGUAUACCGUUAGCUAAGCAGGUCUAUAACUGAUCAGCCUACAUAAUGUAUUUACAGGUUUUGCACAGGCUGUAAUUUUCUUUGGGGACUGUAGUUGUCGGAUGUAAACAUUUUAAUAUGGUUCACAAGGUAUAUGGUUCCUGAUAUCGUAUUCACAGAUCAAGCUAAUUGUUUGAAUGCUGUUAACACAGUUUUGAUUUGAUCAUUCUAAUAAAAUGUGAAUGUUG